AGUCUUACGUCAACACUCAAGCGUUUCAUUUCUCUCGUCCUUAUAUGGCGACCCUGCCAGCGGGCGCAUCAGUAACGCGAGAUGACUUAGUUUGAUACCGACCCGUGUGUUCGAUGUGCAAAAAAAAAAAAACAACAAAAUUAUGGUGUUGCUUUUGUUCGCGCUUUAAAAUAUGUGUAACUCUAAAGUAGAAAAGGAGGACAUUUUUAUAAACCAAAAUGCUGCGGCUACAGAAAAUAACGCAUAUAUAAAGGAGUUAAAAUAUCACGCGUCCACUACAAAUAUUCUACUACUGGUAAUAUUGCUAUUGAUGGCUCUUUUCAUCCUCUAUAUUAUAUGGAGAGUAUACCGAAAAAUGCACCACCGCUGGGUCCAGCAGGGGAUACAUCAGUAUAUACUCCGUGGAUCAUUCAGACGUCAACGGGCUACCUUACCGGGUUCUACAGCUGUUAUUGAUCAAGAAACAUAAUUUCAAGUGAUUCCUAAUUUACGUUGUACGAAAAAGUUAUUAAUAUUCUAAGAAAGUAAUGUAUUGUAAGUGAUGUAACCCGAGCAACCUGACUCCGGAAUGCAAAACAUGCUUUUGUAAGGAACGUAAUGGAGAGAUGGACUUUGAUAGGUUGGCCAGUCAACUUCCGAGUGCGCGAUUGGUUGACCAGUCGACUUACGAGCGCGCAAUUGGUUGGCCAGUCGACCCUUGCCUCCCGCAACGUGUCCACGUCCUGUUGUACAUGUGUGAACUUUUCCCCACUACACCAAAACCUUGCUAAGAGCUCCUAGUCAUGUUGUCAACGCUUCUCCGUGGCUCCGUUUACGAGAGACUGCGGUGGGCUUUCCGUUUGUACGACGUGGACGGUGACGGAGCUAUCACCCGUCAAGAGCUGGCCGAGGUGGUGGUUGCGGUUCAUGAGCUGCUGGGCAGGCGCGCACCACCUGGAUCACCUGCAGGCAGGCUCGACGAUGCGAAAGCGAAUGAACAGGUGGACAGGGUGUUUAGAAAGUUAGAUCUGAACCAGGACGGCGUGAUCACGAUCGAGGAGUUUCUGGAGUCGUGUCUGAAGGAUGACGUCAUCACUCGCUCGCUGCAGAUGUUUGAUACAGGACUAUGACGUCAGACCGACCCAGCGCACACGCGCGUAGUCGCGAGGAGCGUGGUGAAACGCGUCAUCCCGUACGGCCAGUGCCACUGCAGGCCAGGCACUUGGCACGGGGUCGCUGCCGCCUGCCGAGUGUACCUCCACGAGUGCGUCCGCUGCCUCGCCGCCUUCGACCAUUUCUACCAUCGCGUGGUUAUGCCCAAGAUCAAAAGCGUUAUGUUUUUCCAUUUCUAGAUUAGAUAAGUUCAGCUCGAAAUCGACAGUUGUGUUCUGUAUUUGUACAAUGCAAUGAGACAGAUUCCCGUUUGUUACUCUUUGGUGAAAUAUUUUUAGUCUGUGUAAGUUUAGACUUUCAUUUGUUAUAGUUAAUCCUUCUACUAUUUUAUUUUGUUGUACUUAAACGUCUUAUACAUGGUCCAUCUUGACGUACGUCCUGCCAAGGUCAUGCACGACGCACGAUGCAAAACGACAAUGAAUAGCAUUGACGUACGUCAUUGUUGUACGUCAAGCCUACUCAGUCAAGAUAAACCGUGCAUAAGACGUUUAAUUGUAACCAAAUAAUAGUCUAUUGCGAAGUAUGAGGAAAGUAGAAUUUUUAUAACAAAUUGAUUAUAAUCAUUUUGUAUUAAAAAAUAGAAUUCAAAAAUGCGCAAAUACGUCUCAUUGUGAUGCGUAUUAUGCCUUUUUUGUAUUAAAAAAAAUAAGUGUUCCAUAGACAAUUGAAGAAAAUUGAGAAAAAUAAACGCACUGACCACAUAACUAACGGAAAUUAAUCGAAUUGCAUUUUGAGAAGUGAAAAUGAAACAAUGUCGAGAUGUAAUUUUCGAGCUAUAAUGAAACUCCCAAAAACAUAUAACAUAGAAAAAUGUUCAUAUUAACAGUUAUAGGUUCUAGUUACUUGUUUUAAUCAGUAGGCUGUAUGUAUAGAAGUAUUAUGAAUUGAAUUAUUCGUGCCUAUUUUUAUCUUUUGUGCUUAUAUGUAUGCUGUAUGAGGAAAACUUUGUUGAAAAAUCAUUAAAUAAUAUAUCUUUGGCGCGUCGUGUAACUUCUGGCCGAUAUGAUCAAUUGAGUAGACAUGUGUAACACUGCUCUGCGCCGCGCAAUGAGGGUAUCCAUGACUUUUUCUGACACCAGGAUGGCGUGACUUAAAAUGAGGUGUAAUAUGUGACAGAUUUCACAGCGGGGAAGUUAAUUUGUUCGAAAAAUCUAAAGAUUAAUAUUUCUUUCUGUACAAUGAAUUAUAUUACAAUGAAUUAAAUUAUAAAUAAAUAAACCAAACCAUAGAUAUUCAUAAAAAUAGAAACAUUACAAAAAGAGUUACAUUUGUGCAAAAUAUUAAAGAACUAACCACUGAGAUAUUGCUUAAUAUAAUACUCUGGAAAUUGAUAAACUUUUAUUUAAAAUUAACUUCCCAAUUAAAUGACACUGUGUUACAAAAAACUUUACCUCAGUGUCAACUAGUGAUAUCUGGUGAGCGGAAGAUUAUCAGCGCUCAUUGCGCCAUUUCGGUAAAAUGCGCUGGAUGUGUUAACUCACUUUUCUACCGACUUCAAACAGGACGAAGUACUCAAUUCGACGGUAUGUUCUUUUUUUAUGUGUGUUACCUCAUAACUUUUUUCUAGGUGAACCGAUUUCGAUGAUUCUUUUUUUUUAAUGAAAGCUGAUGCUUCUCAUGUGGUACUAUAUAAAUUUGAUCAAGGUCUAACUAAUAAUUUCUGAGUUAUCAUUAAUUUUUUUAAAUUUUUGAGAAUCAUCGAAAUCGGUUCACCCAGUAAAAAGUUAUGAGGUAGCACACAUAAAAAAAACAUACAGUCGAAUUGAGUGCCGUCUGUUUUUUGAAGUCAGUAGAAAAUCUGGUAAAGUGCGCCUGAGUUACUAAGUUAACGCAAGGGAUUUCGCUGAGGCACUAUGUCUACAAUUGAAGUCAUAUUCACACACUAUUAUUUAUUUUACGGGACGAUGGUUCAUAUCUAUGCUAGGAUGCUAGGUGGCGCUAUAGUCAACAUUUCAAAUUAUCCAUUUAUGGUCCAGAAUUACAAACUGUAGAUCUGAUAGGUGAUGCUGUAGUCGAUUUAUUAAUAAAUUUUAUAUUUACACUUAAAAAGUGUGGCGUUUUUUAUAUACAAUCGUGAAACUUAUCGCGCCACCUAUCGAAUAGGGCUAAAAAAUGUCUGCUGAGCCAGCUAGUAGUCUUAUAAAAACACAGGGCGCUAUGUCGGAACGACUUCGUUAGAAUGACAACUAGAAUUACAACUACGUUUAAUAUUUAGUAAAAAAUAUUAUUUAUAUUAAAAUAGAGACCUUAAAUAUGUACGUAUAUACAUAUUUAUAAUUAAUAAUCAUUAUUUUAAUUAGAGUUGGCUACGCCACGCCAGACUCGCCCACGCACGGAGAGUCAGUAGUAAAUACUAAUUGUGAUUGAAUUCUAUGACUUGACAUGAAAUAGCAUAUUUAAGAGAUGGAUAGUGAAGAUUUAUAAAAAAAUUAUAUCUUUAUUUUCCUUUCACAAUCAAAUUAUCAAACGAGAAAAACAAUUUGAUAAUUAAUCUCC